GGUUGAACUGAACGUUGAUGAACUUCUUCUCAUUCUGUGCUAAAGCGGAUCAGGGGAACAUGCCUCUCAUGCUCCACUGGUGGCCCUGUUGGUUAGGUUGAGGUGUAGUUCCUCUCCUCGGCAGCAGGGGGGGUGCUAGAGCAGCUUUCCUACAGUGUUCAGUGAACUCCCUGAAAGUAACCAGAGAACAGGGCGUGUCUGGAGGAGCUAAGUCCUGUCACCUCGGCUCACCUGGGACGGCUCUGCUCACGGCGGUCUAAACUAAGAGUUUAAUGUCGUCUGGACGGCUCGUUUGAGCUGAUCGGGAACAUGUACACGUCCGGCAGGCGGAUGAGCCUCCACGAGGUGAAGAGGAAGGACCCUGUGUGGGUUUCGGCCGGAGGUCUGUGUCAGGACGCCCCGGGGUUCAGCAAGGCGCCCCCGUCCCCACGGGGUCCCAGCCGGGCUCUGUCAGUGGCCUAUAUCCUGAUCCAGGACGCAUCGCUGCCGCAGACCGAGGAGAACCUGUCCCUCAAGUGUCUGAAGGAAGCCUGCGCUGACGUCCACGCCGUGUUCAAGACCAUCUCCUUCGAGAGGAUCUCUCUGGGCACCACCGACAUCCUGGAUAGUUUCUACAACGCAGACGUGGCGGUGGUUGAGAUGAGCGACACCUUCUGCCAGCCGUCCCUGUUCUACCACCUCGGCGUGCGGGAGAGCUUCAGCAUGACCAACAACGUCAUCCUGUACUGUUAUAAAUCCAAAAGCAAAAGCGACGUCCACGCUAUCAAGGAGCAGUGUGGGUCCUACACCUUCAUCCCCUACGUGGUGUCUCCGGGGGGCCGGGUGCUGGCCUGUGACGUGGGCCUGAUGAAGGGUCUGGAGGAGCUCAUCAGCCUCACCAUGGAGCCGCUGCUGACCCCCCUGGUGGAGCGGCUGGUGUCCCUGCUGGAGGGGCUCAACGUCCAGACCAGUGAGUACUUCCGGGAGUCGGUGCGUCUGGAGAUCCGGACGGCCCGGGAGCGGUUCACCGGGGCCCAGCUGAGCCAGGAGCUGUCCCGGAUCCAGAACCGUCUGGACACCGUGGACCUGCUGACGCCCGACAUCAUCAUCAACCUGCUGCUGUCCUACCGCGACGUCCAGGACUACGAUGCGAUCAUCAAGCUGGUUGAGACUCUCUCGACCCUGCCCAUGAGCAAGGUGGCAGCCAACGACAACAUCAAGUUCCACUACGUCUUCGCCCUCAACAGGAGGAACGGGCCAGGGGACCGCGCCCGGGCCCUGAGCGUGAUCCUGCCCAUGGUGGGCUCGGAGGACCGCGCGGCGUCUGACGCCUACUGCAUGUGUGGCCGCAUCUACAAGGACGCCUUCAUCAGCUCCGGCUUCAGCGACCACAGCAGCCGAGAUCAGGCCUGCUACUGGUACGGGAAGGCCUUUGAGGUGGAGCCUAGCCUCCACUCUGGGAUCCAUAACGUGGUUCUCCUGAUGGCAGCCGGCCACGAGUUCGACACGUCCAUCGAACUCCGCAAGAUAGGUGUGACCCUGAGCAGCCUGUUGGGGAGGAAGGGCAGCCUGGAGAAAAUGCAGGACUAUUGGGACGUGGGUCUGUAUCUGGGCGCCAGUAUCCUGGCCAACGACCACAAGAAGGUGAUCGAGGCCUCGGAAAAACUCUACCGCCUCGACGCUCCCAUCUGGUACGUGGGCUCCAUCAUGGAGACCUACAUCAUCUACAGACAGUUCGCCAAGCCGCCACAACUCCGCUCCCCUAAGCAGGACACGGUCAACUUCUGGAUGGAGCUCCACCUCCAAGCCUGCAAACCCACUGUCUCCACGGACCGCUGCCCGGUCCUCAUCCUGGAGCCCACCAAGGUGCUGCAGCCGGCGGUGGUCAGCGUGAGCGAGGAGGACCAGAGCAGAACCCUCCAGCUCCAGCAUGUCACCCCGCUGGAGAAAGGUCUCCACCGCUGGUCCUUCCCUGCCUCCUCCAUCAGAGUCGUCAGCGUCUCUAAGAACGAUGAGCGCAGCUGCUUCCUGUUCGUCCACCACAACUCUGACGACUUCCAGCUCUGCUUCCCCACGCCGCUGCACUGCAAAGGGUUCUGUGAGCUGGUCAACUCUCUGCUGCAGUCCGCCCUGUCUCCGGCGCCGGACCACGACCGCCUCACGGGAGAGGUCCUGGAGUACAUGUAUGAGACCACUGCGGAGGGGGAGAAGGUGGUCCUGGGGAAGGGGACCUACGGGGUGGUCUACGCAGGCCGGGACCUCAGUAACCAGGUCCGGAUCGCCAUCAAGGAGAUCCCCGAGAAGGACAGCUCGUACUCCCAGCCCCUCCAUGAGGAGAUCUCUCUCCACCGCCGUCUGAAGCACCGGAACAUCGUGCAGUACCUGGGCUCCGUCAGCGAGGCCGGCUUCAUCAAGAUCUUCAUGGAGGAGGUUCCUGGAGGCAGCCUCUCCUCCCUCCUGCGCUCUAAGUGGGGUCCUCUGAAGGACAACGAGGCCACCGUCGUCUUCUACACCAAACAGAUCCUGCAGGGCCUCCUUUAUCUCCAUGACAACCAGAUCGUCCACCGAGACAUCAAGGGAGACAAUGUGCUGAUCAACACCUACAGCGGGAUCCUGAAGAUCUCCGACUUCGGGACGUCCAAGCGCCUGGCGGGCAUCAACCCCUGCACCGAGACCUUCACCGGGACCCUGCAGUACAUGGCUCCUGAGAUCAUCGACCAGGGCCCGCGGGGCUACGGCAAGCCGGCGGACAUCUGGUCCCUGGGCUGCACCAUCAUCGAGAUGGCCACCGGGAAGCCCCCCUUCCACGAGUUGGGCAGCCCCCAGGCCGCCAUGUUCAAGGUGGGGAUGUUUAAGAUCCACCCGCGGGUCCCAGAGAGCAUGUCCUCCCAGGCGAAGACCUUCAUCAUGGGCUGCUUCGAGCCCGACCCCCACCACCGCGCCACCGCCAAGCUCCUCCUCCGGGACCUCUUCCUCGUCUCCUCCAGGAGGCGCGCCGGCCCGCCCCACGAGCAGGAGCCCAGGGAGGCCCCCUCAGACCUUCAUCGCAGCCUCUCCGUCCCGGUCACGGUGUACGUGGAGGACACCGACUCGGUGGACUCUCUGGACCUCAGCCUCUCGCUGGACCUCCGGCGCCACAGCCCCGCCCCCGGCGGCGAGGACACGCCCCCCUCCGGCAGCUUCCUGCUCGCCCCUGGCUCCGCCCCCCUGGCGCCCGGCUCUCCGGCGGCGGCGGGCGAGAGCCCCGGUCUCUUCCUGCUGCGUAAGGACAGCGAGCGUCGUGCCACGCUGCACCGCGUGCUGAGCGACCACAUCGGGCCCGUGGUCGCACACGUCCAGGACGCCCUGCCCACGCUUGGUGGGGUGUCUGUGCUGACGGCGGAUCACAUCCUGCACCUGAUUGGCUGCCUGCGGGACCACAUCCGCUCCCCCGACCGGAGGGUCCUGACCUGCAGUCUGCUGGAGCUGCGAGCUGCGCUGCUGGCCGCCGCAGUACCGGCCAGCAGCCUGCAGGCCGCGCUGUUCAGCUUCCAGGACGCCGUGAAGAAGGUUCUCCGCCAGCAGCAGGUCAAACCUCACUGGAUGUUUGCUCUGGACAACCUGCUGAGACAGGCCGUUCAGGAGGCCAUCACCGUGCUGCUGCCAGAGCUGAAGCUCCAGCUGCAGUCGUCCUUUGAGGGUGAGGAGGCGGGCUCUCCCCCAGAGAAUCUCGGCAUUCCCGCCUCCGGCCCGGAGGCGGAGCAGGACGCCGCCUGCCAACCCCCGGAGACGGGGGACCCGGACGGUCACCAUGACGACAGCAGUGGUCACCAUGACGACCACCUCCCCUCCUGUCCGCUGAGCCUCCAGCUGGCCGAGCUUCGGCAGGAGACACAGAGGCUCCUGAACCAGCUGACGGAGAAGGAGACGGAGUACCAGGACCUCCUCAGAACCUCGGUCCAGAGGAAGCACCAGGAGAUACAGGUCCUGAAGACCUGCUCCACCUCCACCAGCGACGCCUCCUCCUUCUCUACAGACGGCCCGCUGGCUCCUCAGGUGGACCGUCCUGCUCCUGAGGACCAGGCCCUGGUCCGCUGGCUCAGAGCGGUCCCUGUAGACCAGGACACGGUCCACAAGGUGACCCUCAGCUCCAUGCCCGUGUGGAGACACUUCUGUCCACUGCGUCUUCAGACGCUGCUCCACCAUCACUUCUCCCUGGACUGUCUGCUGGAGGACUCCUGCAGAGACGACCUGGUGUACUGCGGCAUAAGGGGCGGGAUGCUGUGCCGCGUCUGGGCGGCGGUCACGACGGCCAGGAACGCCGGUCUGAGCACCAUCAAGGAGGAAAGCAGGAGGGCAGUGUGUUGAGGAGCCAGUGGGAGGAGCCAUUAUAGCCACGCCCACAGCGACAGCAGCAGCUGUGGUGAACAGGGCGAUUACGACGGCUGCUUCUGACUGGUGUUGGGGGGUCAGGACGGUCCCUCCCCUCGGGGUGCCCUGGGUGAGAGAGCAGUGCAUUGUGGUCCUUUAGUCUGGUAGCUCUGGGCUCAGCUUAUUGACAACAUGGAGAGCAGGAGAAGCUUUAUACUUCAAAUGUCAUAUAUUUCAAACUGAGAGGUAGUUUUCUAUGAGGUUAUGGUUGUUUUUCUGUCAAUAGUUGACCUUUUGGUUUCUAUUCCUCAGGGUAUGGGUUUCAAAAUUGACUUUCAAACUGUUUUUAUUCUGUCUGCCUGAAAGAUAUAUUUGAUUGCAGUUCUGUAGGGCAGGAGCUUAGUAAUUAAUUAUUAUUUCUUAACAUGUGAUUGUUAUUGCAGGUUUUAAAGACAACAUCUUCUGUUUUGCCAAAGGUUACAUUUAUUUGUCACACCAAACCAUGGAUGUCCAGAGAGAAGGGAUCCACCAGACUUAGAGACUUAGAGCAGAAGGGAUCCACCAGACUUAGAGCAGAAGGGAUCCACCAGACUUAGAGACUUAGAGCAGAAGGGAUCCACCAGACUUAGAGCAGAAGGGAUCCACCAGACUUAGAGGAGAAGGGAUCCACCAGACUUAGAGACUUAGAGCAGAAGGGAUUCACCAGACUUAGAGCAGAAGGGAUCCACCAGACUCAGAGACUUAGAGGAGAAGGGAUCCACCAGACUUAGAGGAGAGAGUGAUCGCUCUGCUGCCCCUGACUGACAGCUGUCUGCUGGUUACCAUGGGGGCACGUUUAGAUACUGAGUUUUAUGACGGUCUUCGGUCUACUGGUGGUCCGAGGUUUUCUACUUCUCAAUGUCUUUAGGAAUCAAAGCAUGUUGUCAAAUAAAGAUUGAUACUGAAACUAUGAGAA